AUGGAGGAGAACAUGAUCUUGGAUGGAGAGUUCUUCGAUGGCGGCGGAUGGAAUCAGAAGUCUGAGCACACUUUGAAGUCCAACGAGGUCACCAAGUUGGAGUUUGCCUGCAACGACAUCUUCCGGGGCAUUCAAGGGCUGGUUUGGUACGUAAGCGAGAAGAGCUUAGACACCUACUUCAGCCUCGUUUUCUCCAACCCCAUCGCCGGGAAUGCCACCUUCAACGCCUGGGCGGGCCCUCCGCCUGCUGAGCUCUUGCAGGAGAUGUGGGCUGCUCCGGCCGUUCCGGAGAAGGGCGUGCAGGUGCCACCUGGCAUGGGCUGUGCCUGGAAUGUCAUAGAGCAGGGGAACGUGAUCCACAUCCGCCUCAUCAUCUUGGCCGAGCUCUCUGCCAUGGACCCCUCCGCCUACCCACCCACCCCUGAUGUAACCAGCCCGGUUUCUCCGGCCAAGGUGGAGGUAGAGCCGCAACCGCAACAGGUCUUUUCGGACUCCACGGCCAUCGUUCCCGUCGCCCCCAGCACGGAGGAAGAGGAGGCAGCUACGGGAGUGGAGAAGAUCUUGAGCUCCACCCGGCCCCGGGACGUCUUCGAUGGGGUCGGAA